CUGCCCGUGCAGCAGCUGAGGAACCGUGGAUUUCAUUUUAUUGAGCAAAACCUCAGUAAAACUGCUCAAAAUCCUUCCUGCAGCUGCUUGGCAACAAUGAAAGAAGAGAGGUAAAUCCUAUUAUUUUUCAAUACAAUCAGACCAGUACAUUCUAGCUCUAGCUGCUUCACAUUGCAGCUCAGCACUAAAAAUAUGGAUACUGAAAUGAGAAUACAGCACUGCAUUGUCCGACAAGGAAAAUACGAGAUGUAAAAAGCUUCAAUGCAUCAAUUGUGGGGGGCAGACCAAAGUGAUCCAAACAGAACGGACAACUAAAGCUCCUUUGUUUAAAAUUUAUAAGGAAAAGAAAAAAAACAAAACAAAACAAAAAACACCUCAGAAGACCAACAUACAUAUGAACAAGGAAGAUAACUCGGAGAGAAGCAGACAGAUGGACACAUUGGAUCCUGUGAAAAGCAAUCGCAGGAAGCAGACUGUUGGGGGAUGUGCGCAUGUUCGAUAGCAUCUUUUUUGCUGAAGUGAUGGCGUGCCAAAAGUAUUUUCAGUGAGCAUAAUCCUCUCACCAUAAAUGGCUUGACCAAGGAAGAGUGCUUUAAAGAGGAAAGCCCUUAAGAUCGGACACAAUUUAAAAAUGAUUACCAAAGAAUAGCACUGGUUCAGAAGAGAGAACCAUCAUUUUGUUCUACCAUUAUCCCAUAUCCCAUUAUUGGAUAUUUACAACAUGCUUCAGUGGAGGAGACGACAUUGCUGCUUUGCUAAGAUGACCUGGAAUGCCAAGAGGUCUUUAUUUCGUACACAUCUCAUUGGUCUACUCUCUCUUGUCUUUCUUUUUGCUAUGUUUCUUUUUUUUAAUCAUCAUGAUUGGCUGCCAGGCAGAGCUGGCUUCAAAGAAAAUCCUGUGACCUACACUAUACGAGGAUUUCGAUCUACAAAGGGUGAGACAAACCACAGCUCCCUGAGGAACAUUUGGAAGGAUACAGUCCCUCAAACUCUAAGGCCUCAAACAGCUACUAAUGCCAACAACACAGACUUGUCACCUCAAGGAGUAACUGGCCUAGAGAAUACACUCAGUGCCAAUGGAAGCAUUUACAAUGAAAAAGGUACUGGACAUCCAAAUUUAUAUCAUUUCAAGUAUAUCAUAAAUGAACCUGAAAAGUGCCAAGAGAAAAGCCCUUUUCUAAUACUACUUAUAGCUGCAGAACCUGGACAAACAGAAGCAAGACGAGCUAUACGACAAACUUGGGGAAAUGAAAGCCUGGCACCUGGGAUUCAAAUUGCUCGCAUUUUUUUAUUGGGCUUAAAUGUUAAGCUGAAUGGCCACCUUCAGCGGGCCAUUUUAGAAGAAAGCAGACAAUAUCAUGAUAUUAUUCAACAGGAAUAUUUAGAUACUUACUACAACUUAACCAUUAAGACACUAAUGGGCAUGAACUGGGUUGCAACCUACUGCCCACACAUUCCUUACGUUAUGAAAACGGAUAGUGAUAUGUUUGUCAAUACUGAGUAUUUAAUACAUAAGCUAUUAAAACCAGACCUGCCUCCUAGGCAUAACUAUUUCACAGGCUACCUAAUGAGAGGGUAUGCACCCAAUCGGAACAAAGACAGCAAAUGGUACAUGCCACCAGAUCUCUACCCAAGUGAACGGUACCCUGUGUUCUGUUCUGGAACUGGUUAUGUUUUUUCUGGAGAUUUAGCAGAAAAGAUCUUUAAGGUUUCUUUAAGCAUCAGACGUUUGCAUUUAGAAGAUGUGUAUGUGGGGAUCUGUCUUGCGAAGUUGAGAAUUGACCCUGUUCCCCCUCCCAAUGAAUUUGUCUUCAAUCACUGGCGAGUUUCUUACUCAAGCUGUAAAUACAGUCACCUAAUUACCUCUCAUCAGUUCCAGCCUAGUGAACUGAUAAAAUACUGGAACCACUUACAACAAAAUAAGCACAAUGCCUGUGCCAAUGCAGCAAAAGAAAAGGCAGGCAGGUAUCGUCAUCGUAAACUCCACUAGAAAAGGCAAUUUGGAUCCCAUGUGCAAUCUGUAAAUACUGCAGAAAGCAUGUAGAGUAAAAACUGAUGAGCUUCAUGGGGCAGUUUUUAGUUAAUUCCCAUUACAGGAUGGAAUUCAAAGUAUUUUUUUAAUUUCUAAAGACUUUAUUUAAUUCUUAAGACAAAAAAAAAAAAAAAUAACCAAAAGCUAUCCUAAGAGAAUCUGUGAAACAAACUGCAUAAAAUUCUUCUGUGUGUUAACAUGCAAUAAUAAGCAGGCACACUUAGUGGUACAAUUUCUAGUUUAUGUGCCAAUAAAAUAAAAUUGACUAUUUUCCACACAAAGUUUAAAGAAAUGGAGAUUGAAUCACAAAACCCACUUCAUUUCUCAAUCAGUUUUCUAUUAUAAAGAAUGAUUGUAAAUAAAAUCAUAUACAACCUGUUUUAAGAAAACUUAAAACUAUAUGAAGAAAAUUUUUUCUUUGGCCUAAUAUAUAAAUUAUUUUCAUAGCAAUACUCUAUGAGAUAAAAUUUUGUUGAAUUAUCCCAUAAAACAUUUGCAAAGAUCAAAAGUUUUACAACUGAUCUCAUCUAGUUACUAUUUUAAAUUACCAAAAUAAUCAUUUUAAUUUAACACUACUGACAAAAACCAGAACGACAUGUGAAAGAAUGUGACCAACAGUGUGUCUCAGGCUAAAGUUUAAAAGCAAAGUCACUAAACAACACCACAAGCACAUAUUCUAUUUCCUUCUGGGUAUAAAUCAUAUUAUUACUAACAGCAUUCAUUUCUUAAUUCAUUCAACUAGAUCAGCUUACUGCAAUCUCCUAAAGAAUGCCAUCUUUUAGCAGCAAAUGUAUCUGAUUCUAAACAUUUAUCAUGUUCCUAAAAUGAAGGAAAGGUGGAAAAAGGAAAAGUCGGGAUGUAUUAUUGAAAAGGAUGAAGAGUGCAGAAGCAGUUUCAUUCAAUACAUUUUUCAGAUGCAUGUCCGCCAAAGUGCAGCAUAUGGGAAGCUCAUCUCCUGACAGCAGGUGUGCACAUGCUGAUACUUAAAUCAUUUUAUGGCACAAUUUCUGUUGUCAGAGUGCCAGGUUUACAACCCUACAAGUUUUAAUUUUGUGGAUGACAUUCUACAUCCUCAAAUAAGACCUUUUUGGGGGUGGGGUGGGGCGUACAAAUGUUUGAUGAACAUUUGAUUCUAGUAUUUAAAAAAUGUGUAUGAUGCACUUUUAUCAAAUUUUUUAAUAAAAGGGGAUAAACAAGA